AUGGUGUUACUUCCAAAGGCUAGGCACGACUGGAUGCAUCUAAGAUUCUUAGACUUCAAGUCCGUGGAUGAGUAUAAUUCAGCCUUGUUCAAAAUAGUUUCAAUACUAAGGCUUUGUGGUGAAGAAGUAUCCGAUGUGAUGAUGCUUGAAAAGACCUACACUACUUUCCAUAAGUCGAAUUCAGUAUUGCAAGAGCUGUAUAAAACAAAAGGUUUUGCCACAUAUACUGAUCUGAUCUCGUGUCUACUUUUGGCCGAGGCAAACAAUGAGCUCCUGAUGAAGAACAGUGAAGCCAGACCUGUCGGGACAGCACCAUUACCCGAAGCCCAUGAGGUUGAAAAGAAAGAUCCCAAAGAGAGCUACUACGCCCAAGACAACAGGAGACCACACGGCAAUGGCCGUGGUGGAUACAAGAGGCGUGGGCGUGACUACCCGAAUGGCCGAGACAACUACUCGACCGGCCGAAAAGGAAACCACAAUAACCGUGGUCGUGGUUCCAAUUACGGCCGGGUCCGAGGCAGUUAUGGCCGCGGACGAGGCGGCAUAUCUAAGCCGUCUUACACGUCCAAGUCAGUAUGCCACAGAUGCGGGAUGGACAACCAUUGGGCCAAGAACUGUAGAACUCCGAAACACUUGUACGAUCUCUAUCAAGAGAAAUCCGACCAAGAUGAUCUAAUGGACUUUGAAACUUCUGAUUGUCUCAAGGACUAG